UUCCCGCCGGCGGCCGGCCCGAGUUGGGAGGCAGUCGGUCUCCGUUCGGCGUCGCGUCCUGGUUUGCUGCUGUCUCGGACCUAGCGUCAGCGCGGACUGGGCGGACAAGGCAGAGCCAGAGUUGGUCAGUUCUGGCGGGUGAAGGGCUCGGGGCCGGGCACAGCGGCGGGAGUGUGCGGCAGGGGUCCGCCAGGCGGGCCGCGGACACCUCGGAGCCCGGGACUCACUCUCCGGCCGCCCGCAGGCGCAAUGAAGGCACUGAUUUUGGUGGGCGGCUAUGGGACGCGCCUGCGGCCGCUGACGCUAAGCAUCCCAAAGCCGCUGGUGGACUUCUGCAAUAAGCCCAUCUUGCUGCACCAAGUGGAGGCGCUGGCCGCGGCCGGCGUGGACCACGUGAUUCUUGCUGUGAGCUAUAUGUCUCAGGUGCUGGAGAAGGAAAUGAAGGCGCAGGAGCGAAGGCUAGGAAUCCGAAUCUCUAUGUCCCAUGAAGAGGAGCCUUUAGGGACAGCUGGGCCCCUGGCACUGGCCCGUGACCUGCUCUCUGAGACUGCAGACCCUUUUUUCGUCCUCAACAGUGACGUGAUCUGCGAUUUCCCCUUUCAAGCCAUGGUGCAGUUCCACCGGCACCAUGGCCAGGAAGGCUCAAUUCUGGUGACCAAAGUGGAGGAACCCUCUAAGUACGGUGUGGUGGUAUGUGAGGCGGACACAGGCCGCAUUCACCAGUUCGUGGAGAAGCCGCAGGUGUUUGUGUCCAACAAGAUCAACGCAGGCAUGUACAUCCUGAGCCCUGCAGUGCUACGGCGCAUCCAGCUGCAGCCCACAUCCAUUGAGAAGGAGAUCUUCCCUGUCAUGGCCAAGGAGGGGCAGCUCUAUGCCAUGGAGUUGCAGGGUUUCUGGAUGGACAUUGGGCAGCCCAAGGACUUCCUCACCGGCAUGUGCCUCUUCCUGCAGUCGCUGCGACAGAAGCAGCCUGAGCAGCUGUGCUCAGGCCCUGGCAUUGUGGGCAACGUGCUGGUGGACCCAAGUGCCCGUAUUGGCGAGAACUGCAGCAUUGGCCCCAACGUGAGUCUGGGUCCUGGUGUGGUGGUGGAGGAUGGUGUGUGCAUUCGGCGGUGCACGGUGCUGCGAGACGCCCACAUUCGCUCCCACUCCUGGCUUGAGUCCUGCAUUGUAGGCUGGCGCUGCCGCGUGGGCCAGUGGGUGCGCAUGGAGAACGUGACAGUGCUGGGUGAGGACGUCAUAGUUAAUGACGAGCUCUACCUCAACGGGGCCAGUGUGCUGCCCCACAAGUCUAUUGUCCUCCCAGUAAAGUCCUAGAUCCCAGUAAGGACCCACAUUGCCGGGUACCAGUUUAAGGGGCACCACCAGAAGAUAAUGAAAGUCCACCUGCCCCUUCAUUUACAUUAACCCUUAAAAGGAAACAGCUGCCCAAUCAUACACGUUUACCGUUCAAAGAAAACACCUGCCCCCUCAUAAACGUUAACCCUUCAAAGAAAACACAAAGAACACAAGAAGCUUAAAGACGUGCUUCCCAGAGUUCCGGGAGACCAGCCCUCUGGAAAGCCGCCAGCCAAGCUCAGGCUGGGGCAUUGUGGCCCGACUCGCUCACCCUCUGGCGGCCACGCGGGGGCCUAUGAUCGCCGGGGGACGCGGCUACCCCGCCCCUCCAACGUGAGCCAAUGGGAGCCUGAGGCCCCGCCCCCGAGAAAUCGCCUCCCGGAGAGUAUUUAGAAGCUGAGUGCUCAGAAACGCAUUCAGGAGAGAGCUGGGGAAGCCUGAGAAGGGAGUGCUGGGCAGAGCGUGGCCCCAACUCACAACCCAAAACCUGGGGCCGGGCAGCUGGAGCGGUCGGCCUUGCGGGACGGUCCCCGCAUCCUGUCUCGCUGGCCACUGGCCAUUUAGCGCCCCGCACUUCUAGCCGGAUGUGAAGUGGGUGAGUCUCGGAGCUGUGCCCCGCACCAAGC